CUAAAGGAAAAACCCAUUUAACUUCUGAAACUGUAAAAUUUCCUACUGGUCUUAAACAUAGCAAAGAGUCCGUUUCCACGGCAACGUGCUACAACGACAGAGACGGAGAUGGUUUACAUCACAGAGGAUCUGAUCCGUCGGCGGGCCGAGCACAACGACUGUGAGAUCCUAACCCUGGAGGAAGUUUCUCUGCACCAGCAGGAAAUUGAGAAGAUCGAACACAUUGACAGGUGGUGCAGGGAGCUGAGGAUCCUCUAUCUGCAGAACAACCUCAUCCCAAAAAUCGAGAAUCUGGGCCGCCUGAAGAAGCUGGAGUAUUUGAAUCUGGCCUUAAACAACAUCGAAGUGGUUGAAAACCUUGAAGGCUGCGAGAGUCUCCAGAAGCUGGAUCUGACAGUGAACUUUGUGGGGCUCCUGAGCAGUGUUGACUCCCUGAAAAACAACAUCCACCUGAGAGAACUCUUCCUGGUGGGGAAUCCCUGCACAGAGUUCCAGGGCUACAGGCAGUAUGUGGUGGCUGCGCUGCCUCAGUUAAAGUGGCUGGACGGGAUGGAGAUCAGCCGAUCAGAGCGGAUCAGAGCCUCACAGGGCCUGGAGCAGGUGAGGAGACGAAUCAGAGAGCAGGAAACCGAGUACCUGAGGAGAAAAGAGGAGCAGAGAGAGCAGGAGGAACAAAGGAAGAAAGAGAAGAAACCUGGCUACGAUGGGCGCUGGUACACAGAUAUCAACAACCCAGGCUCACAGGAUAACAAGGAGAACCAGGAACUGAAGGAGAACCCGAGGAGCCCAGAGGAGGAGGAAGAAGAGCAGGAGCGAGAGUUCUGGCACACACCCUGUGCUUUCACCCCCGAGUCUCGUCUGGAGGCUCAUCGGCACCUGGAGGAGAAGAGAAAUACAAACAGGAACAGGGAGACGGAGAAGAAGACCAAGGCCCCGAGGACUCUGAUCACAGCUGAUGGACGAGUGAUGAAUGUCAACGAGCCCAGGCUCGCCUUUUCCCUCACCGAGGACGAGGACGCCAACACCGUGGUUUUGGACCUGGCUGUCUACAGACACAUGGACACCUCCCUGCUGGAUGUGGACGUUCAGCCGACGUACGCCAGAGUUUGCGUCAAAGGAAAGAUAUUUCAGGUGGUUCUUCCAGCUGAGGUGAAGCCCGACAGCUCGACGGCUCAGAGGUCCCAAACCACCGGACACCUGGUGCUGAGGAUGCCCCGGGCUGAAGGUGAACUCAAAGUGAAGAAGAACGUCCCACGUCCGCGCAGAGAGACUCAGAGUUGCAGCAGCUCAACAGAGGACAGAAAAAAUAAAAUCCCUGAGAGGUUGGAAGUUGAUUCCAGUAGGCGUACAUCCGUUGAUAUCGCCAACAUUGUGCAGAACACCAGAGGAGCUCCAGUGGAAGGAUCCAAGACCAGCCACCCUGAAGACUUCUCAGAGGGGUUUUUGGAUGACCCCGAGGUUCCACCUCUCAUAUGAGAGGUUUUAAAUAAGGAGAUUACACAACUCCUAUACAGAGCUAGUGAAAACAUGCAAAGGCUCAUCCUCACUGGAUGUUUAAGCUCUGCUUAAAAGCUUUUAAACUCAACAUUGACCUACAGUAUAGCAAGUACACAUCUGUAAACUAACACGAACCUAAAAGGGUCCUGACAGCAAGGUCUGAUCUUUCAUAUAGUUUUUGAAAUUUUACAUAUUUUUUCUAAAAAAAGAAAAGUAAAGAUAUGAAGUCAAAACAUGGUUUUAAAAACUCAUCAACAGUCUUGCUUAAUGUUAACAGCUAAAUGUAAUUCUAUAUUUUCCUGAAUGUUAAUCCAAUGUUUUACAUGAAUGUAAGCUCAAGUACUGCUUUGUUUGAUUUACUGUGAAUAAAUCUGUUAUAAUCCUGACGUGUAGAUCAGUGCAAGCUCACCCCUGAUUUUUUAACCAAUACCUUGAGCCCAAAUUAAGUGGUGGGCUUUAAGUAGAAUAGCUGUUAGAUUAAUUAUUAGCCUAGCUCAUAGAUUAAUUAUUAAUCAGACUUAGUUUAGCUGACUGAUGAUUGCGCUCAGCAGUUAUUUUAACUUUGCGAAGAGAAAGUCUCUCUCACUCGAAGACUGAUGAAAAAGAAUAAACCUUAAGUUUAAUUCUGCUGCUGAUCGACCAAAGUUAGAUUUUGUAAAGGAAUAUGUUUCUCUGAUCAUAGGUUGAUUAAGAACUGUAAAUCCUGAUGUCAUUCUCUUCCCUAAUGUUAGUUUCUUUUACUAGUAAACUCAAUG